AUGGAUUCAUCCAACGACUUCUUCGAACUGAACCCCUGGCACGAAGAAGCACCCUCAGGCGGAUUUCCAGCAUUCCCAGGAUUCCCUGAGAGCGUUCCGAACGUAGCCAGCGAUUACGAGCAGCUCGAUGAGACUCAUGCAGGACAAACUCUGUCAUCAGUUUCGGACUUUACAAACCGCCAUCAGAUGCCUACAGUGCCGUGGGACACGUUCUUCGUCGCUGGUCAGGAGGCAGACACUACUCCAUCGCAAGCCGGUGCCUCUCACUUAAACGCCGCCCCUAGCGAGAACUUGUUGGUGGCCAAGCCUGCCGCCAUCACGUCGUCGAAGAAGCGCGUCUCGCGUGCCGCUUCCACGCCUGCCAAGAAGCAGAAGACCGCUAAGCUCGACACAGGUAGGGCAAAUGUCAAGCCUAGGAUGAUGGGAAAGAAGGGUCUGGACGAGGGUUUUGUCCCUAAAUGGGAUAGCAUGAAGGUUUACGGUGAAAAGACCUUGCGCUACAAGAUUGGUCUUACGAAGAUCAAGAAGUUCUUGACGGACGAGGGUGUCGAUGUUGACACAGAGUUUCCUACCACGCGCAUGGUCUACAACGGAAAGGAGACGACCAAGGGCCAAGCACUGGUAGACAAAGCCCGAGAGCUUCAACAAGCCCGCAUCGACCAGAAGCUCGCCAAUAGCCAUGCGGCUGCCAGGCCUAGGAACAGCCGCCGUCAGCCUCUGACGUUUGGUGGGGAUGUCGUCGGAGCUGAGCACCUGAGCGAGAUCGAUCACGACAAAGGUCAUGAGCUUGUGGAAGGGGCUGAUAAGAGUGAGACAUGGAAAGAUAACGACCACAACAGUGAGCUGGACGGAGUUUGUGAAACUGACGACGAACAUGUCGCUGGCGAGAAAUCAGAGCGUGUGGUUGUCUCUACUACCCGGUCGGCCCUCCGCGCACUCAAGAAGGCCACCUUGAAGUCAGGCUUUAGUUCCCCCGACCUUGUCCUCGACGGCCUCGACCAACCGCUGCUCUCGCUCCGGGCGCAAGAGAUCGUCCCUCGCCUAGUGAAGUGGCAGGAAAAGAACCGCGUCUUUCGCUUCGAAGCCGGCGAUGGCGCACUAUACCUUGGGGCGCGAGUCCUGAACAAGGAGGAUCGCGGUGCAUACGAAAAGGACCUUGAGGAUCUGGCUACUGAGCUUGUACAAGUGGCCAAGAAGGAUCACGAUGACAAAACUGCCACCAAGGUUGGAAAGCUAGCCUUCGAGGAGUUUUCAGUCGAGCCCUAA